AACACCUGACACAUUUUUGUUCAAGUGAAGAAGGGUUCAAAUCAUUUGCAAGAAACUUACAAUUUAUCAUGAACAAGAUCUUAAAAUCAAGAAAUGAAAACAUCCAUCAACACUAUCAAACUAUCAUCUAUCAUUCCAUCAACACUUAAAAAACAAACACAAGAAAACUUAUCUAUAUCAAACUCAAACUCUACAAGUGGUGAUACUACUACUACCAACGAAAACGACUUAGAAUCAGAUUAUCAUCGAGUCAUGGAAGAAUCAAAUUAUCCUUCAGAUGAAAUAGAAAUCAUCAAAAUUGAUUCCAAUCAAGGAAAGCACGAUGAGAUUUUAUUUUCAAUUUCUUUCUUUCUUUUCGGUUUAUUGAAUAACGUUUUAUAUGUAAUCAUUAUCUCGGCUGCUUUGGAUUUGGUUCCAUCUGAUGUACCUCCUGGUAUCAUUCUCUUGGCAGAUAUUACACCUUCUUUAAUUGUUAAAAUCGGUUGGCCUUACCUGGUCAGAGGUGAUAUUCGUUACGAAAAAAGGAUAAUCAGCUGCAGUGUGAUCAGUUUCGUGGGAAUGAUGGUGAUUGUGAUCUUUCCGAGUGUAACGAUGAGAUUAAUUGGAAUCAGUCUAGCAAGUUUCUCUUCAGGAUUAGGCGAAAUGACAUUCUUACAAUUAAGUACUACAUUUAUCAACAAAACUGGAGUAAGUUGGUUUGCUUCGGGUACUGGUGCUGCAGGAGUGGUUGGAGCUGGUUGGUGGUGGACUCUAAGGAAUAUGGGGAUCAAAGUUGGAUUAGGAUUGAGUUCAGUCUUACCAAUCUGUCUCUCAUUAGUAUAUUUCUUUGUAUUACCGUUUUCCUUGAAAGAAUUACUAGACGAAGCUUCCCAAAUCACCACCAAUGGAUAUACCGCUCUUAACCAUGACGAAGAUGAAGUAGCUGUCUCGAAUACCUCAAAAACAUCAACAUUGACUUUCAGAGACAAACUUCGGCUAGCUCGACCAUUAUUCUUGCCAUUCAUGUUACCAUUGUUUACCGUUUACUUUGCUGAAUAUACUAUUAACACGGGCAUUGCUCCCACACUGUUAUAUCCUGUUCCAACACCCGAUCAUCAUGGAGUCUUUUCACAUAUCAUAAAGAGCUUAAAGGACUAUUAUCCUUUUUAUCAAUUGACCUAUCAAAUCUUCGUAUUCUUUUCACGAUCCUCAAUAGCUAUUCUUAGAUUACCCCCUAUGCCAAAAUCACUGAUCUCAUUACCUAGUCUGAUUCAAGUCUUGAUCUUUUCGAUUAUCUUACUUGAAUCAUCUCAUCAAAUUUUAUCAAAUGCAUUUACUUCUGAAUUCAUCUAUACUAUCAUCUUUGCUUUGAUUUCACUUGAAGGGAUUUGUGGUGGACUAGCGUAUGUGAGUGCGUUUUAUUGGUUAAGUCUAGAAGACGAUCAUAAAGAGUUCAAGAUUGGAUGUGUUGGGUUUUCCGAUACGAUUGGGAUCCUUUGUGCAUCUCUCUUUAGCUCCUGGCUUGAACCUAGAUUAUGUGGGAUUCAAGUUUCACGAGGACGUACUUUAUGUCGUGAGGUGAAGAAGCUUUAAACCCAAUCCCAUUUCUUCUUGAUAGCAUACAUUGUGUUUUUUUAGCAUUUCCCUCACUCUUUCUUAAGCUGUUUUGCAAAUGUUUUUUUUUCUUUGGUUAGAGUUUAUCUGUUUGAAUGAGUUGCUUGAAUGUACUUGGGAUUUCAUUUGUUGUUUUAUUGGAUUUGAUAAAUAAUCAAUCUUACUAAAGUCUUUGUGG